AUGAGCGAGCUGCAAAAAUCCUUUGCCAAGUCUAGACUGGCCAAGCUGCCUCUCCAACCGCCAACCGGGCCGUCCAUGCAAUCCCUCGACGAGGAGGUCAGUCACGAUGAUGACUCUUCCUCGACCUCAUCUACAGGGACAGUAGUUCCCUCACCCAGUAGACAACUGUUCGCAAGGCCAGGACGAGGAUCCGUCCAACAAACAACCCUUCCCUGGACAGACUACUUCACCCAGGAGCUCUAUCUUACACAAAUAGACACAUCUAACAACACUAAGAUCACUCACCAUGUCUACCUCACACCCCCAGCAGACUCCUCCAGUCCCCUCUUCGUCAUGCACCACGGCGCCGGUUCAUCCGGUCUAUCCUUCGCCGCAUGCGCCGGCGAGAUCCGCAAGAUCAUCCCCAAAGCCGGCAUCUUGUCCAUAGAUGCGCGCGAUCACGGCAGCACGGAAGACGGCGACGGGAGCAUCGAGCUAGAUCUAAGCCUCGAGACCCUGAACCGGGACCUAGUAUUCGUGGUCCGCGAGACCCAGACCCGAAUGGGCUGGGAGAAUCUUCCUGAUCUGAUUCUUGUCGGCCAUAGUCUAGGUGGUGCGGUAAUCACCGAUGUGGCCAGACAGGGUGAAUUGGGAAGCAAAGUACUAGCAUAUGCAGUUUUGGAUGUUGUAGAGGGAUCUGCUAUGGACGCCCUCCAAAGCAUGGAAACCUAUCUCAUGACCCGCCCAUCACGCUUCCCAUCCAUCACUUCGGGGAUAGAAUGGCACACCCGCUCCCGCACAAUCCGCAACAAAACCUCCGCCCGCGUCUCCGUUCCCUCCCUCCUCUACGAAGACCCCAAUUCACCCGACCCCACCAAACCAUGGAUCUGGCGAACCAAUCUCUCCGCCACGAAACCCUUCUGGGAGAACUGGUUCGUCGGUUUAAAUCGCAAGUUCCUCGAUGCUCGUGGUGGGAAGUUACUCCUUUUAGCGGGGACGGAUCGUCUCGAUAAAGAGUUGAUGAUUGGGCAGAUGCAAGGUAAAUAUCAACUACAAGUCCUGCCAGAAGCAGGCCACUUUAUACAGGAAGAUCAACCGGCCAAGACGGCGCAGAUUUUGGUAGACUUUUAUAAGAGGAAUGAUCGCAGUGCGUUGGUUCUGCCGCCUAAGGUGGCGGAUUUGCAGGCUUCGGCGGCGAUGAAGAAGGGGGCUGGGAGUGGUGCUGGAGCUGGAGGGUUGUUUAAGAAGAUAUGA